AUGGCUUACCCCAAGAUGGCCAAUGCCACACAGCAGCGUGUACACCAAAAUGGCGACAUGACUCGGAGCAAACGUGUGCGCUCAUCGCAGAAUCUGACUGCAUCCACCGACUGCCUCCGGGAUAAACCUGCAGAUCCCCCCUUGCCACCAGCAGCAAUGGCAGCGAAAAGUAAGCGGAAGAAGUAGGGUGAGAGGAGAGCGGGUCCACCUGGGCACUCCUUACAGGGCAAACCCCCAGCCUCACACGAUGGGCCCAUCUGGGCUGAAGACCACAAGGGGAACAUCCCUAGAGCAUCAGUCACAGAUGCAGCUGACCCAACGCCAGGGAAGGCGUCGCUCCAUCGGAUUACGCUGCAGCCCCUCACAAGGGCAGAACUCGUGGCCAGAGGAUGCAGGUCUUCAAGACGGCCCAGGGCUCCAGGGUCAACUCACCUGAUCUCUGCACCCCGACCACACUCUGCCACUCAAGCCUACUACCAAGCUGAGGUGUCGGCUGACCCAGGACUUACACCCCAGCCUGAUGUGCCAGACUCUUACCUGCCACCACACACAGCUCCAUACCUGCCCUAUAGCACCUGA